CCUAACAAUUUAAGACUUUCGAAACCCACGUUGAUUCAUUCCUAAAUUAUCUUGAGCCUUUUUCGGAGGUUUUCUUACCUUGUAAGGAGGUCGUAUUCCAAGAAUAUAUAUACUGAUACAGAACUUUGUUCCACAUACGAAAAUUCAAUCUCCCACUUCUUCUCAAGAGGAUGGAGUUCUGCCUGAAUUCGAGAAAACCCCAUGCUCUGGGGAUUGUUUCAGCGGUUCUAAUAUUGGGGCUUUUGAGUUUCCGAGUGGCAGAAUGCCAAACAUCCAGUUUUAUGGAGCCGAUUAAGUAUAAGGCAUUGAGGUGCCGGAAACACAGUGCGGUGCUGACGGACUUCGGAGCAACAGGGGAUGGGAAAACGAUAAACACCAAGGCCUUCAAAUCCGCCAUUGACCAUCUCAGUCAGUUUGCAGAUGAUGGUGGAGCAGAACUCAUUGUGCCUCCUGGAAAGUGGCUGACUGGGAGCUUCAAUCUCACCAGCCAUUUCACUCUUUAUAUCGAUAAGGAUGCUGUUAUUCUUGGAGCCCAGGAUGAAUCGGCAUACCCCCUUAUUGAAGUUUUGCCAUCAUAUGGAGUGGGAAGAGAUGGAGGUGGAAGGUAUAGUAGCCUUAUUUUUGGAACGAACCUCACUGAUGUUGUAAUUACAGGUGGCAAUGGAACCCUCAAUGGUCAGGGUAAAUACUGGUGGGACAAGUUCCGUGCCAAAAAGUACAAUGACACACGGCCCUACUUGAUUGAAAUCAUGUAUUCAAAUCAUGUUCAGAUAUCAAACCUUACAUUGAUCGAUUCUCCAUCAUGGAAUGUUCAUCCUGUUUAUAGCAGAAAUGUACUUGUUAAAGAUCUGACGAUCUUAGCACCCAUUGAUUCUCCUAAUACAGAUGGAAUCAACCCAGAUUCAUCCGUACGUGUCAGGAUUGAAGACUGCUUUAUAGUCUCAGGAGAUGACUGCAUUGCAGUUAAGAGUGGAUGGGAUCAGUAUGGAUAUAAAUUUGGAAUGCCUACAAAGGACCUACUCAUCAGACGGCUGACCUGCAUAUCCCCUGACAGUGCCACCAUAGCUUUAGGCAGCGAGAUGUCGGGUGGGAUCAAGAAUGUCUGGGCUGAAGACAUAACAGCCAUAGACACCCAGUCGGGAAUCAGGAUCAAAACUGGGAUAGGAAGGGGAGGCUAUGUGAAAGACAUAUAUGUUAGAAGAAUGACAAUGAAGACCAUGAAGUAUGUCUUCUGGAUUACAGGCGAUUAUGGAUCACAUCCAGAUGAUGGUUGGGAUCCUAAUGCUCUGCCUGUCAUUAAAAAUAUCAAUUACAGAGACAUGGUGGCUGAGAAUGUGACAUAUUCUGCCAGACUUGAUGGAAUUUCCGGCGAUCCUUUCACAGAAAUCUGCAUAUCUAAUGUGACUAUUGGGUUGACUAAGAAACCAAAAGAACUGCAAUGGAACUGCACUAAUGUUGCAGGAGUUACCAGCCAAGUGACUCCUAGGUCAUGUGACCUGUUGCCUCCUUCAGAUAAGGUCUUCAAUUGUCCUUUCCCUGAUCAUCCUCAUUGGGAUGUUAAGUUGAAGACUUGUUCCCACAUCGAUUCUAAGAAAAUAGAGUUGUAAAGACUUGUUUUCACAAGCUUUAUUUACGCUUGAAUAGUGUUGCUCUUCUAAUCUACAAUUAGAGAGUACUUCACAUUGAUUGGAAAUAAUUACAUCAAUCUUCUUUAAGGCA